AUGGCCCCAUCAAGAAAGAAGAACGUCAGCAUGGAGCACCGCACUCGUUCGAGGAGCCCUAUGACCCGACCACAGCCGAUCCGCACUCGCGAGGAGCUAUCAUGUCGAGAAACACGUCGCUCAAGCUCGUUGAGCUUGUCUUCCCGUGAUCACAGAAUUCCUAUCGACUGUCCCUUCCCAGGCUGCAACGCGACAACAGUGCACCAGCACUAUGAUAACGUGCAGUUCUUCAAUCCUCACCCAGCUCCAGAGACUCGACAUCGUGGUUAUGCGAGCUCUCGGCGUGUUACAUCCUUGCAACCUAACGUCGUCAACGGAGUACCGGCAAUGCGAGGCCAAGAGACGUUCGGACCCGAGAUUUUGGACGAAGAAGAGGCAGCGCAGGAGCAGGAUGGGAAUUUACAAAGUUCUGUUGCGGGCGGUGAUGAGAAAGACGUCCAAGAGAAGCCAAUAGAACAGCGCACUUUGAUCACCACUCUCAAAGUAGCGGCUCCAGAAGUGAGGAAUAAUGCGCAGAGAUUAGUGGCUCUAGCAGAUCUUUCUAAGGAGCAACAAGCAGUUGGGGAAUUCGAUGGAGCGGCACUGGAGGAGUACACCGUGAUGGACGAGGGAAUCUCCGAUUUGAGUCCUGGUGAUCCAAUCACAAGUAGGCGCACGUUGGACUUUGUCGAAGAUUUGUUAACCCCUCUGCAGACGAUUCCCUUGGAGAUCGACUACGAGACUAUCGCAAAUGCGUGGGAUUCCAGAAGAGUGCAACAGCAGCCUGAAGAGUCACCAACAACGACCUCGCCAGGGUUGCAGGAUGUGUUCGACGAGUGGCUGGUCCCUAAGACACCAGAGCAAGCUUCCGAGACGCUACCGUGGGAUAUACAGAGCUUGGGUCAUUCCUUGAAUGACCUGAGUCGGGAAGAUGGGGACCGCGAACUGCCGUCAAAUAUGAUGCGUCCACCUCCGGACUCCUACAAGCGGCAGUUCCCAGCGACGAUUGAAGACGGAGAUGAUUUCGAGGCGAUCUUUGGACUCUCUGGGAAGGACUGA